UGCGCAGGCGCGGUGGGUAGUACUCGCGCGGACAGCGGCGGCUUAGCAGGGAAGAUGGACGAUUUCCAGGCUUCCGAGGAGACUUCUUUUGUGGUUGAUGAAGUGAGUAACAUUGUAAAAGAGGCCAUAGAAAGCGCAAUUGGUGGUAAUGCUUAUCAACACAGCAAAGUCAAUCAGUGGACCACAAAUGUAGUGGAACAAACUUUAAGUCAACUUACCAAGCUGGGGAAACCAUUCAAAUACAUUGUGACCUGUGUGAUUAUGCAGAAGAAUGGAGCUGGGCUGCAUACAGCAAGCUCGUGCUUUUGGGAUAACACCAGUGAUGGAAGCUGCACUGUGAGAUGGGAGAAUAAGACCAUGUACUGUAUAGUCAGUGCCUUUGGACUGUCCAUUUAACUUCCUUGGAAUUGUAUAGCCUCCUCGUUUUUUUUUUUCAAACAUUUCCAUUCCAUGGUCUAUCUACCUACUGUGAAUUCAGCAAACUUUCAAAAGGUUUUAAAAGUAUCUUAUACUUUCAAAUGUAGGGGGAAAAAAGUCCAAAAUGGACACACUGUUACAUGGGUUGUACACUUCACUUUGUUCACCAUAAGUUGACAUCCAGUAUUGUUAUUUUGUCUAAAGCCUUCAAUACUUCCAAGUAUUCCAAGGUGCUAAAAAUGAAAUCUGCUGCAGCAUGACACUUUUUCUAAUUUCUGAAAUGAUUUAUAUAACAUACUAACGUCCCACUUUAUACUUUUCUUAGUAGAGUAAUA